AUGGAUGGUUUUGAGGGUAUCACUGGUGUUAUUGUAAUUGCAGCAACUAACCGUGCAGAUAUUCUUGACUCUGCAUUGUUGAGACCACGAAGGUUUGAUAGACAGGUAAUGGUUGAUGUCUCAGAUAUUCGUGGAAGAACAGGGAUUUUAAAGGUUCAUGCUGGCAAUAAAAAGUGUGAUGCAGAUGUAUCUCUUGAAGUGAUAGCCAUGAGAACACAUGGUUUUAGUGGAGCAGAUCUUGCUAAUCUCUUAAAUGAGGCUGCCAUUCUGGCAGAUGGCAAAAGCAAAAGUCUCGUGGUAUACCACGAAGUAGGCCAUGCAAUCUGUGGAACGCUAACUCCAGGGCAUGAUCCUGUUCAAAAAGUCACUUUGUGCCACGUGUUCAGGCGCAUGGGUGGAAGAGCUGCUGAGGAAAUCAUAUUUGGUGAGCCUGAGGUGACUACCAGGGCAGCUGGUGAUUUGCAACAGAUUACGGGUUUGGCCAAGCAGAUGGUUGUCACUUUUGGCCUGUCAGAGUUAGGCCCGUGGUCACUCAUGGACUCGUCAGCUCAAACUGAUGUCAUCAUGAGAAUGAUGGCAAGAAAUUCGAUGUCAGAGAAACUCGCUGAAGACAUUGAUGCUGCCGUUAAGAGGAUUUCAGAUAGUGCAUAUGAGAUUGUUUUGAGCCACAUCAGGAACAACCGUGAAGCAAUGGAUAAGAUAGUGGAAGUCCUUCUCGAGAAGGAGACAAUGAGUGGAGAUGAAUUCCGAGCAAUUCUUUCCGAGUUUGUCGGGAUUCCUACUGAAAAUCACGUUAGUCCUACACCUUCUCCUGUAACUGUAUAA